AUGAGAUAUUUCCGAUUUCAAUCAUGGUUAUACGUGGAUAUCUACUUACUCUUUUCUAGUUUAAACUUUCCCGAAUUGAUUGAUCCCUUUUUCUACUUUUUCCUCCUUUUGCAGUUGUCUCUCUCUCUCUCUCUAUUUUUUAACUGGAGACAAUCUGUUUUUUUAUAUCUCUCUCUCUCUCUGCCUUUUAAACUUUCUUUUUCUUUAUUAUCUCUCUCUCUCUGCCUUUUCAAUUUGUUUUUUCUCUCUCUCUCUCUCUCUCUCUGUUUUUUGUCUUUCUUUUCUUUUUUCCUCUCUCUCUCUCUCUUUCUCUUUCUGAUUCAUUUUUUUCUCUCUCUCUCUCUCUCUUUUAUAAAAUUUCUUUUUAUUUUUUCUCUCUCUCUCUCUCCUGCCUUUUUCUUUCUUUUUUUUCUCUCUCUCUCUCUCUCUGUUUUUUUCUCUCUUUUUAUUUGCCUUUCUCUCUCUGUUUCUAAAUUUUUUCUUUAUUUCAAUCUGUUUUUUUCUCUCUCUCUUUCUCUUUCUCUUUUUUUAUUUUAUCUCUCUCUCUCUGCCUUUUCUCUUUCUUUUUCUUAUUUCCUCUCUCUCUCUCUCUGCCUUUACUCUUUUCUUUUAUUUCUGCCUUCAACUGUCUCUCUCUCUCUCUGCCUUCCUUUCUUUUUUUUUCAGCUUUCUUCAUCUCUCUCUCUCUGCCUUCAAUCUUUUUUUUUUCAUUCUUUCCUCUCUUCAAUCUCUUUUUUUCUCUCUUUCUUUUAA